AUGGAGAAAGGCGCACCUCAUCAGCCGCAGCUCUCCAAAAGCGCAGAGAGUUUGUCGGAAGAUAUCUCUAAAAUACCCGACGAGGAGCUGCUCAAGUGGGGCAAAGAGGAGCUGGUGAGGCGGCUGCGGAGGUCAGAGGCGGAGAAGAGGAGCGUCAUCGUGGAACACGGCAAUCUGAUGCGGGAGGUGAACCGGAGGCUCCAGCAGCACCUGAAUGAGAUACGGAGUUUGAAGGACGUGAACCAGAAACUGCAGGAGGACAACCAGGAGCUGCGGGACCUGUGCUGCUUCCUGGAUGACGACCGGCAGAAGGGGAAGCGGGUGUCGAGAGAGUGGCAGCGUCUGGGCCGCUACAGCGCCGGCCUGAUGAGGAAGGAGGUGGCCAUCUACCUCCAGAAGCUGAAGGAGCUGGAGCAGCGGCAGGUGGAGGUCAUCCGGGAGAACCUGGAGCUGAAGGAGGUGUGCCUCAUGCUGGAGGAGGAGAGGGCUGCUGCUGUAGCUGGAGGAGGAGGGGGAGGGGGAGGUGGUAUGGGCGGCUGCAGGAGCUCCAUUGACAGUCAGAGCAGCCUCUCUCAGCUUGGGGGAGGUGUCCCAGCUCCCGGCCUACUGCGGGACGUCGGCGAUGGGAGCAGCACCUCCAGCGCAGGGAGCACUGAUAGCCCCGACAACCCUCACCACAAACCCCCUCCCCUGGGCUCCAAUGCCAGCCCUGGAUCUGGAUUGAGAUGCGUUUCCUCUGACCACCCCCAUAAACCGGGAGACGUGUGUGAAUCCACAGGCAGGAGGCACAGCUCCACCCCAGAGUACCACACCUUCCCGCAGUCAUGCCGUCCCCGCGGGGGGUCCCUCACCAACCUGGACCCUCGUGGCCUCCGAGGACACAGCCCAGAGAAACACAGCAAGUCUCCCACCAGGAUACCAUGUGAUUCCCAUCCCAAACCCUGCAGCUCUGACCUACUAGCCCAAAAACAGCUAUUCAUUUCAGGGCAAGCAUCACCAGGCUGUGGGAAGGGCACAGCCAAGUCCAGCCCAGAGCUGUGUCAGAGACCGGUUAGCUUGGCUGGGGCAGGCUGUGGGAGUCCCGAGGCCAAGCAUGCAGCGAUGGGCACACCUGAGCAUUUGAGGAAAGGGCGGGUGAUUGUGGGGAGUCCAGAGUCCAUACGGCAUCACCUCCACUAUCAUCUCAGCCCCGGGAUGGAGCAUGGCAAGGGGAGGUAUAGCAGUGUUUCUCCUGGCAGGGACGGGGGUCAGAGGAGGGCAACGGGAGAGGAGAUGGCCCCCCAGAGUCUGUACAACGGUUAA